AUGUUUUAUACAGAUGCUAUGCUUCAAAACGUAAAAUAUCCAACUCAUACCAUAAUUUCAAUGCCUGCUUUAUCCCCUACAAUGACUAUGGGUAGUCUGGGAACAUGGCAAAAAAACAUUGGCGAUGAAAUAACUCCGGGUGAUGUAUUAGUAGAAAUUGAGACUGAUAAAGCUCAAAUGGAUUUUGAAUGCCAAGAAGAAGGCUACCUGGCUAAAAUCCUCGUGGAAUCUGGUACAAAAGAAGUUAAUGUUGGAAAACCAAUUGCUGUAUUAGCAGAAAGUAAAGAUAGUAUUGAGGAAUUUGCUGAUUUUGCUGUUGAAGAAGCAGCUCGUAGAUUAGCCGUUGAACGUAAUAUUUCGCUUGAUCAAGUUACUGGUACCGGACCAAAAAAUCGUAUUACUAAAUCUGAUGUUGAAAACUACAUAGCAUCAGGUGGUGCUGCUAAACAGCAACAACCAACUACUAAACAACCUUCUUCACGACAAACAAAAAUCUCAACAGCUACACCAACAGUAGCUGCUUAUAAAGAUAUUCCUUUAUCUAAUGUACGUAAAGUUAUUGCAACUCGUCUAUCCGAAUCUAAGCAGGCGAUUCCACAUUACUACUUAACUGUGGAGGUUGAAGUUGAUGAGGUUUUGAAAUUACGCGAGACAUUGAAUAGUCAAAGUAAUGGUAGAUAUAAAUUGUCGGUUAAUGAUUUUAUUAUUAAAGCUUCCGCAUCUGCACUAAUGGUUGUUCCUGAGGUUAAUAGUGCUUGGUAUAAUGAUUUUAUCAGACAAUAUCAAAGUGCUGAUGUUUCUGUGGCAACAGCAACACCUACAGGAUUACUCACACCUAUUGUAAGAAAUGCUCAAUCAUUAGGGUUAGCAUCUAUAUCAAAUCAAGUUAAAGAAUUGGCUGGCCGUGCAAGAGAAGGAAAAUUAACACCAGAAGAAUAUCAGGGUGGAAGUUUUACAAUUUCAAAUCUUGGAAUGUAUGGUAUAAAAUCGUUCACAGCAAUAAUCAAUCCACCACAGUCAUGCAUUUUAGCAAUAGGAUCUGCAGAGAAAAAACUUAUCCUAGAUUCAUCGCCUUCUAACACAGGAGGAGAAUAUCGAGUUGUUAAUACUUUACAUGCUACACUUUCAUGUGAUCACAGAGUGGUGGAUGGUGCUGUUGGUGCGCAAUGGCUUAAAGAAUGGAGAUCUUAUAUAGAGAAUCCCUAUAAGUUGCUUUUGUAA